CGUUCAGUUUCUUACAAAUCAACAUUCAAUACAAAGUUUUUUUAUCAUAGUUACCAUCACAGUCAUAGUUAUACUAAUUUUUAUAUGCGUGCGUUAGCGUUUUUUUGUUAAUCGACUGACCAGUGCCAUAUUUUACGUACCACCCACUACAGCCGAUCCGCCAGCGUCUAGUCGUACAUUGCAGAUCUCUCAGUGAGCGCAUCGUGAACCUCUGCUUCACAGAACGUGCGGCGAUAAAAGAGAAGCAAGAAUCCUUUCAAUUGCCGAGAGUCAUUGUCACUGACUUCGCUUCGCAAACACUUUGAUAUCAGCGUUGGAAGGAAGCGGAACGUCGCCGGUCGUAAAUAACAGCGAUUAAAGGACGAGUAACUCAAUAAUCAAGUAACGAGUGAAUAAAUCGGCGAUAAUGGCAUUAGAAAUUCUCUGUGUUUGCGUGGCGAUUUUGCUGUUACUUUAUUAUUACGCCACUGCCGACUUCGACUAUUGGAAGUCUCGUGGUGUCAAAGGACCGAAACCGAUUCCGUGGUUUGGCACCAUCGCCAGCCACCUUUUAAGCAAGAUAUGUAUGGGUAGUUACUUGAGGAAAAUUUACGAGGAAUAUCCGGACGAGGCGAUGGUCGGUGUGUUCUUCAGAGGACAGCCCAAACUUGUUAUCAGGGAUCCCGAGCUCAUCAAGCAUGUGUUGAUCAAAGACUUCACCGCUUUUCCCGAGCGGGACGUUCGAGUUCAUGAAAAGGCCGAACCCCUGUCCGUGCAUCUCUUCAGGAUCGACGGUGCUAGAUGGCGACCAUUAAGAACGCGGCUCUCGCCCGUCUUCACGUCCGGAAAGUUGAAGGACAUGUUUCACUUGUUGCUGGAGUGUGGCGAGCACUUGGAGAGGCACCUCCAUGAGAUCGUGCCCAAAGACGACAUCAUCGAGUGCCGGGAGCUGACGUCUAAAUAUACCAUCGACGUGAUCGGAUCGUGCGCUUUCGGCAUAGAGAUGAAUGCGCUGAACCAAAAGGAGAGCGACUUCCAAAAAUUGGGCGUUAGGAUCUUCAAAGUCACUCCGAAGACGCUGAUCAGGAAUCUAUUUAGAGAUGUUACUCCGUGGUUGUACGAUCAGUUUGGGAAUAUCCUUGACGAUCGGGAAGUGACAAACAUCAUGACAACCAUGGUUAUGAAUACUAUAAAUUACAGAAAGCAGAACAACGUGCACAGACAGGAUAUCAUCGACAUGCUCAAAGACUUUAAGGAUCAUCCCGAUAGAUUGGAUCUCGACCAAGUACCGGACACAUAUGUUGCCGCCCAAUUGUUCGUGUUUUUCGCGGCCGGCUACGAGACGUCCUCUACGACGAUGAGUAAUGUUAUGUACGAGUUGGCGCAGAAUCUGGUUGUUCAGGAAAAAGUGCGAAAUAAUAUCAAAGAAGUCCUCGACAACAACGACGGAGUGAUAUCGUACAACAGCGUUAAUGAGAUGACUUAUUUGGAACAAGUAAUCAAAGAAACUCUCCGGAAAUAUCCGCCGGUGAUGUUCCUCACGAGAAAUACUCAGCAGAAUUACACAUUUGAGGGCACCAAAGUCAACAUAGAUAAAGAUGUUAAAGUGUAUAUACCCAUCUUUGGCAUUCAUUAUGAUCCAAAUAUCUACCCAAACCCGGAUGUCUUUGAUCCUGAAAGAUUCAACGAUGAAAACAUGCGAAAGAGGAAUCCCAUGCAUUACCUGCCGUUCGGGACUGGUCCGAGGAAUUGCAUCGGUAUGAGGUUCGCCGGAUAUCAAACGAAAGUCGGCCUUAUAAAAGUGCUGCUGAAUUUUGAGAUCAAUGUCUGCGAAAAAACUCAGAUUCCGCACAUCAUUAGUCGGAAUCAUCCACUUAUGUUUCAGACGGAGCACGGUAUAUAUGUCAAAUUGACUAAACUCUUUUAACCGAAACUCGUGAUAACGAUUUUAUAUAACUUUUAUAUAACCGCUACUAUAAGCGCUGCUUGUGUGUCUACAUAUAUUACAUAUGUAAUAUAUAAUGUUAUAUUUUUCUUAUAUGAGAAUUGCUCGAGAAGCAUAACAUUUCGAAUGUAUAUAUAUAAGUUGUUAAGCUUGUUUUUCUCAAGUGCGAGGAGUAUUUAAGGCAUUAUGUAUUAAUACUUUAAUACAAUUCGAUUAUUUGAUAAGAUAAUUUGUAGUUCUGUAUCUUCUUUCUAUUGCUCGUAAAAUUCAACUAAAUUAAAGACAGAGUAUUAUGUAACGAUAUUAAUAAU